UCUCAUAACAUCCAUGAGUGAAACUCGUGUAGCGGCGGCAGCUGUCAGAGUUAGUCCCAUAUCAGAGUUGUGUUGAACGGCACCUGUAAUCUCUGAAGCAGUAUGGCCAGUGUCGAGCAGGUGGCAGCAAUAGGACAGAUUCUUGUGGAUCCAGGACUGGACCUGACCCGGCGGUUCAGAGCCUUAUUCACCCUGAAGAACCUGGGAGGAGCUGAAGCUAUAGAGUGGAUCAGUAAGGCCUUCACUGAUGAGUCCGCCCUGCUGAAGCAUGAGCUGGCCUACUGCCUGGGGCAGAUGCAGGACAGACAGGCCAUUCCCUCUUUGACUGCAGUUCUCAAAGACACACAGCAAGAACCGAUGGUUCGGCACGAAGCAGGGGAGGCUCUAGGAGCAAUUGGUGAUCCUGCAGUCCUGGACCUACUCAAAGAGUACAGUCAGGAUCCUGUCAUUGAGGUUGCAGAAACGUGUCAGUUGGCUGUUCGUCGGCUGGAGUGGCUGCAGAUUGGAGGAGAGAAACAGCUGGAGGAUGGAAGUACAGACAAGAACCCCUACUGCUCCGUAGACCCGGCCCCUCCAGCUGUGAGCAAGAGUGUGUCAGAGCUGCGCUCCAACCUGUUGAAUGAGAGUCUGCCGCUCUUCGAACGCUACCGCGCUAUGUUUGCCCUGCGUAACCUGGGCAACGAGGAGGCUGCCCUGGCAUUGGGAGAUGGCCUGCAGUGCUCUAGUGCUCUGUUCCGUCAUGAGAUCGGCUACGUCCUGGGUCAGAUGCAGCACCCGGCAGCGGUCCCGGCCCUGUGCGCGGCCCUGGAACGAUCCGGUGAGAACCCCAUGGUCCGGCACGAGGCGGCAGAGGCUCUCGGCUCCAUCGGCAAAGACGACUGUCUGGCCGUACUGCAGCGUUACCGUGGAGAUAGAGAACGUGUCGUCAAGGAGAGCUGCGAGGUCGCUCUGGAUAUGCUGGAGUAUGAAAACAGUGACCAGUUCCAGUAUGCAGAUGAACUGGUCAGGUUACAGGGUUAAAGGUCAAUAUCGCAACUGAAGGAGCUUUCACUCAAAUCUCUUCUUUAAACUCUGUCUUAUUUUAAUACCUUACACCACAGAGACACCUGGACACCACAGUGCUGUCUAUAAAACUACAGGAUACUGCGGGAUGAAGCUUCACUGUGUGACAGAUACUCAGCACAUAAAACAAACAUGAAACUGUUAAAGUUGUCGAGCUGCGAGAGUGAGCUCUUAGCUGUGGGGGGUGGGGGGUGUGGCUGUGUUCGGGGACAAGAAGGAGCAGAGUCUUUGUGUUUUUCCCCCCUCCAGAUAACACUGCAGUCAGAUGCAGCACCACUCGGCUGCAAUAGUUUUUUUCAAUGUGUCUUAUUUGCGUUUUUUCCCCCCAACAACCGGCUGGUGACAGUAAUACAUAGUGUAUAUUCACUAUAUCUGUGUAUUUUCUGUUGUGUAACAGCUUAAGGAUAAUUUCCCAACACACCCAGGAGUGUUUUAUGUUACUUUACUUCUCUGUGAUCAUUUGCAGUUUUAUGGAAACUGCUGAAGGUUAAAGGCCUGACAGACUGAUGUGAUGAGUUCAACUUAAAAAGCUUUUCCUCCCAAGUGUUUCUUUGCUCUUUCUCAAUUCUUAGUAUUUUUUGUACACAGUCCAACAGAAGGGAGAUGAGACAGUGCUACAUGGACUGGUUCUAAAUUUAAGCAUUGGUUCAGAUCCAGGCUGCACAAUCUGAUAUCAGUUCAUUCUGUGGUUGAUAAUUAAGACAAGCCAGAGAUCUAUCUGCCUCUGUUGUGGAUUUACAGUAUGUUUGGAAGUACCACAGGAGUUAAUUCAAACUUUAUUCUGCUGCACAGAUUAGCUGUGUGAAAUAGUAGUUGAGCCUUAAUCUCUCAUGUUCCUCUGGCUGCUUCAUGACUAGGCUACUGUUGAACACAGGUUUUCAUUUUAAUUUGUAUCCGUUAUCAUUUACAGUCAGGUGUGUACUGUAUGUAAAUUAAAAUUAUGCUGUAAACAUU